UGUUCGAGCACUGACGGUGAGCAGUCAUCCCGUGUCGUGAUCUCCGUCAGUCACCACUUUUGUCUCAGUCGCCUCCGUCGUUCCGUCGUCGUUGUCGUGGUGGUCACUCGCUGUCGUUCGGUCGGUCGGUCGGUCGGAAAAAAAAAUUCCCUUUUCGAUACAAUUGCUGAUCAAAGCCAGGCCCAAUUAGUGGAGUGUCCACAGUGUUCCAGAGCUUCAGAGGCUCCGUGUCGCAAAACUUGAUUAGCAGAUGAUUAAGCGGAUCGGUCGGUCGGUUUCGUCACAAUUACAGUCCGUCUCGUCGGUUCGAAUCCGAUUCGAUUAUACGGACGUGUAAUCUUUGGUGGUGUUGGUGCCAGCUUCAGCGUGUCGUUUUUUUUUUUGCUUCCUGGUGGAUACCGGACUUCGGGGACACACAACACAGCGCACCGAGGGAAUGCUGGCUGUCUGUCUAAGAAAAGAACAUACUUUGUCAGGUGGAUUUUUACCACGCUGAGUUCCCGAGUUUCGCGAUCGCCAGUAGAAUCGCGUUGUGAAAAAAAAACAAGAAAGAAAAAAAUCAAGUGAAUCAAAGAAACCAAUUCAAGUGGGAUGUGAGUUGAUCAAGUGGUUUGGCGGAGAAAAGUUGGUGUUCCAAAAAGGAAAAUUCGCCAGCUCUUCUUGAGUGUAAGUGGUUCCCGAGCGGUUGAAACCGAGCGAGGUAAAAGUGGUCAGUUUCGACACUGCGGAGAGCUAGGAAGGAUGCAAUUGCACCCACGAAAAAGUGUGCUCCCGAGUUGUGUGAGCAUGCCAACAAACGGGAAAGUGUGUUAGCGUCGUUUGGAUGAAGAUAACGACGAAUUGAAGCAAAAAAAAAAAUUUCUGUUAAAGUGUAGCUCUGCCAAACACCGCAAGACGCAAGGCGAGGAAAGAUACACGAGCAAGAAGAAAAAAAAAACGUCUACCGAGAACACACGAAAACAACCAGUGUGUGUAAGUUUUUAUUUAGCAAGAGACGCUGAGCAAGAGGGAACGAAAAUGUGUCAAGACCUAACGCGUUUUGCUGAACCGUCGGGAAAAGUGGCAUGAAAAGUGAAGAAAAAUGUUUGGAUUAUAUAACUAAAAUAGAAUCCAUCAGCGUUGUCAUUUGCGCGUAGACUGUCUUUCUCGCGGCGGCAAAAUCGGUUUGGUUUUCAAUAUUUUUUCUUCAUCUUCAUUUUCGUCAUAUCGGUGUUGGUGUUCGCGUAAGUGGCAAUCGUAGCAAGCCGAGCAAGCAAGCAACCGGUUGCUUGGUUACUACUACCAAACAGCGCGUCAGCUGGCAGCACGGCCUGCUGAGAAUGUUCGGAGAUUAAGCUGUAUUUUCACAUUUCCGUCGCCUCGUCAACAUUCCGAAGACUCGAGAAAUUCGAAACAUUAAUCGAUAGGACACCCAAUUAGCAAGGAAUUGUCAUCUCCGCUGUCGUCACCCAGCCUGCUGUGAUUGGAAGGUCGGUCGGUUAACGGCCACCGGAGCAGUACGACGACGUACAUUCCCGGGCAGGACAAGGUGUUGAAAUCAGGACAAAUUUCAAUCUAAUCGUACCACCGGGUCCCCGAAACCGAAUGCCGUCGCCGAGCCCGGGUGGAAAUAAGCGAACCAGAAAGAAACAGUUUCGGAUGUGAAGGAAAAACCGGUGCGGGGGGUAGUGAGUGGUGUGAAAAGCAAAGGCAGGCUCCACCCGCUAGCUACUGUACUGUGUGAGUGUGUGUGUCGAACAGAUCGAGCCGGAGUUUAGAAACGAAAGAAGAAAAGGAAGUGGGAGGAGAGAAAAAAAAGAAUACGAAAGCCAUACAUAAACACGACGACAGAGAUUAGAAACGGGGAGAUAAGGUGGCCAAUAGCGGCGGUGGGGACAAUCCGAGGUGAGCCGGCCGAGAGACAUGAGUCUCCGAGGAUUUAUAGCGGUGCUUUUAGUCGGAAUCAACGUGCUCGUAGCUGGAGCGUCCCUGCUGUUCGGACUGCUGGUCACAAUUCCUCGGCCUGUGGUGGGUGAGACAACUGGUAACAGCACUGGCCUUGGCGCAAAUCAGCAGCCAACACUGGAACCACCGCAGCUAGGUCUGCUGCAAUCGGCUCCCACCGCAGUAACGGAACCCACACCGAACGUGGCGGCCGAUGUCAUCAACAUCGAACAGGAUGGCCAAAUCAGUUUCAUUCCGCGAAAAGACAUUCGUCUCCAGCGGGCAGUCCCGCCGGAGUACGCUGGACCGUCGGCGAUGCCCCAUUGCGAACCGUUUACGAUGGGCAAUCCCGAUCUGAAGUUGCUCUACAGCCCCGGGCACCCGGGCAACUAUCCGAACAACAGUGACUGUGUCGUGGUCCUGGAGGCACAGGUCGGAUCACUGGUUCGGCUUGAUUUCCGAGACCAUUUCCACAUCGAACCGUCGGACGACUGUAAAUAUGACUAUCUGGAGGUUCGCGACGGCGCCCACGGUUUCUCGACACUGCUGGGCAAAUACUGCGGUUCCAACUAUCCGCCGAUGAUCACCUCCAAGGAUCGCUUCCUCUGGCUGCACUUCCACUCGGACGAGAACAUCGAGUACAGCGGUUUCGUCGUCAUCUACGACUUCGUGCCAAGGCCAACGUCAUCCGUCUACGACGACGAGGGUUGUCGCAUCGAGGUAUCCGGCAUGGAAGGCUUCGUGAACCGGACGGACGUACCCCGGGAAAAGCAGCAGACCGUCGUCGAACACGGGUUAUCCCUGGACUGCAUGUGGGUGGUCACAGUUUCCGACGGUUGGAAGAUUCAGCUAUCCUUUCUCAUGUUCAAGCUGGAAAGGCCCAACGACUGCGAAAGUAAUUUCGUCGACGUGUUCACCGAGCGGACCGACCUGCCGUCCAGACUGAAAAAUUUCUGCGGCUCAAUCGCGGACUCGGUUGUGUCCAAGUCGAACGUGCUGCACAUUCGCUUUUUCGCCGAGGCAGCCGCCAUCAAUUCCACCUUCUCGAUACUGUUCACCGCGUUCCGGGAGAAGCCUCCGACCGAAAAUUGCGAUGACGAUGAGUACGACUGUGAAGAUGCAACCUGUAUUUCGGCCGAUCUGCGAUGUAAUGGACGGAUCAACUGUCGCUUUCGGUGGGAUGAGGACGAGUGUCAGAAAACCAAUCAAUCGCAGUCCGAGCACGUGACAAUCAUAAUGGUGGUGUUCGGUAUCAUCUUCGGCAGUAUGGUGAUCGCGUUCGUGAUCAAGAUUGUCCGGAAGGUUAUACGAGACCACAAGAUCAUCCGAGAGCAUAUCCGACAGUCGCGGGAGAGCAAACUGAACGAACUGGGACGACAUUCGACGAAGAAACCGGUCGAUUUGGAUAUCACCAAAUUUCCGCCGCCGGUAUUCGACAAGGAACCGAUCAACGUGCUGGAGAACACGUCCAACAGUUACUAUCGGGAGGUUCUGUCACCGUCGAUAGUGGGCAGUGGAGGGAGUGGUGGUAGCGGCGGAGGAAGUGGUCGCAUGCCCGUAGGCGGCCCAAGUGUCGGUAGUCAUAUGUUUAGCAGUAGUAGUAGGAUAGAUUUAAAAAACGAUACGGGCCGCAAUCAGGAGAUCCAGGACAUUCUGAGAAGCAGCUAUCACGAGGAUCCGCUGCGAGCUACCAUGGGCCUGAGGGAUGCGGGAAUGUGCGACAUGGCUUGUCAGACAAGAGAAUCACUCUUCCAGCCGGUGUUCAAAAAUAAGGUAACUCAAUCGCCGAAUCCGAACAGCAUACGAUUUUCAACGUUCGGCUAUGAAACGGGAGUGCCGAUACAGGGACAGUCACCGCCGACGCAGCUACCGUCGGUGACACCGCCACCACCAAAGGUGAAACAUCAUCACCAUCAUCAUCAUCACCAUCACGGUGGAGGUGGUGGCGAAAUGGGUCGUACCCUGGAGCGCAACAAGGGUAACAAAUUCGAAAUGCAGGAUCUCAGCGGAACCGGAUUGGGAGUAUCGACCGGUGUCGGUACCGGCGACGACGAACCGGAACGGGAUCUCACCGGUCACCAUUCACACCAUCACCAUCAUCAUCACCAUGGUCACGGUCAACCGCAGGGACAACAGCAGAAAGUUGUUCUGGAACGGGAUCUGGAUCCGACCUCGGUGUCGAGUUGCAUUCGUAAAUCGGCACCGGAUGUCAUUAUCAUGACGUCAUCACAUUGACCCUCCGCCUCGUCUUGGUCUGUCGAAUCCGAAUCCGCCUGCUCGGCUGGGAAACCGUCGAAAGGGAAACGAUGGGGCCUGUGGUUUGGGAAGUGAUAGAUUUCGGCUUGAUAUUUGGGUACCGCCGCCGCCGCCGCCGCCGAAACUCCGGUGUACGAACACGGACAGAGGUUUCGGUUCGGAAAAGUUUUUGUUUUAUAGUAGUGUUGUUUUAGGAUAGGACACUAGACUAGAGCACCGAGUAUCCGCAGUAGGAUUAGGUUAUAUUUGACCAAUUUAGUACCAUCGACAAGCCCUCACCCCCCAUGACUUUCGACCUCAUCGAAUUGGGGUUCAGUGGGGCCGAUGUAGUGACGGCAGGAGAGAACAAAAAAAAAAAAGGUGGCGAGAACCGAACCAUCUUGUAAAUAGGGACAUUUGUAGCGUUAAACUUGAUUUGUUGCCUGUUGGGCCAUUCUCGGUUUGGAAGAUUUGUCGCAUUGCGUCACGAACUGAAAUGAGGAUUUCAUGUAGCUCAAAAUAGUCUGAAUUAUCAAGAUUAGUUUUAUUUAUUGGUUUUGAAUUGAGAGAUUUUAUGUAGCAGUCUGGAACGAUUUUGAAACUAGUUUCAAAUAGGUUUCGAAUAUGUGAUCGAAAUUCGUAUUUGUUGAUAUUUUGCAACAGCUGCCUCAAUCGAAUUCGCUCGCUUCGAUUGCAAUACCGUAUUUAAUUCACCCAACCACUCACAGAAGCAAAGAAAAAAAAAACAAACAAACAAACGUUAGAUAAUCGAUAAGCAGUUUGAUUGAUCCUCUGGGCACCGUAACAAUAUUAAUUAGUGUAACAAAAAGCCAACGAUUGAAUUAAAAUUUUGAUCUCUCUCUCUCUUUUGAACAUGCGGUAGUUAAAAAUCUCUAAACGGCAAAGUAUAAUUAAUUUACCGGCUUUUGAAUUCGAACAUUGGGCUCUGAUGUCGAAUCAAAAAAAAAAUCGAAGCCUACUGGGAUAUCAAACCGACCGGUGAUGCUACACGGAACCGAAACGGUAACAAAUUUGCAUACUGCCUUUUGAGAUACUUAACCAAUAAUCGGCCGCAGUUAUGUUUGAUUGUUUUAUUUUGAUACUGUGGUGUUACCGUUCCCUUCCUUCACCCACCUACCGAAUAUUAAUAGCGUUAAUUUGUAAAUAAUUAUUGGCUCACGUCCUUUCACCGAUGGGAUCCGACUAGCGCUAGGUUAGACGUCGUUCGUUCUAGUGAGAUUGUAGUUGAAUUUGUUCAUGUUAUCGACGGGAGAGAAAGAAGGAGCACAAUUUGGAGAAAACUUGCAUUUGUUUUUUGUUUUGUUUUCGUUAUUGUCUUGUUCCAUUUCGAAAACAUAACCUUGAAUAGUAAAACAAGCCAACGGAAGUAUCGUGUUUGUGUACAAAAUUCUACCAAUCUAGCUAGUUAUGUUCUGUUAGUGUGAGAAAUAUUCUUGUUACCUGCUCACACGGAAAAGUUUAGUUGCAUCUAAAUCAAAAAUUUGACAAAAGGGAAUAUUUGUAAAUCGGGGACCAAAGCCCAGUGAAAGUAAACGAAAAAACUAGUAAGCAAACAAAAAAAACCGGUCCCUUCCGCCCAGUGGCAAUCCGGGCGCUAGGAUGCAUAAUGUAAAUGCAAAAAUUAAUAUGUUGGUUAGGAGAGAAAAAAAAGUGAACAAAAUCUUGUAGCCAAAUCACAAAGUUAAAACAUAGUUAAAAAGACAAUUCGAACAACAUGUGCGAAAAACAAGUGGACAACCCCAAGAGCAAAACCAUGACAUUUGUAUAGAUUUUAAACAGUGCAUAAAAAUCAAACCAACAGAAAAAAGGCAAUCCACUAAUCGUAACGAAUUCGUUGAAGUUUAUAGACAUAAAAUGGAUGAUGACGGUAAAGCUAAUUAAAAACACAAUAGAAAGAACAUGUACAUUUUUACUGGUAAAUAUUUAAUAAUAAAACAGAUUGCGAAA